AUGACGACUCUGCCGCCGAACGGUGCUCAGUGGCGGCUCAUCGACAUUGGCGUGAACCUCACAGACAAAAUGUACAGUGGGGUGUACAAUGGGCGCCGCUGCCAUACGUUGGAUAUCGAAUCGGUGCUGCAGCGGGCUGUGAAAGUCGGGGUUCGGGGUCUCCUACUCACAGGUGGCAACUUAAAGGAAAGCAAGGCUGUGAUCGACAUGUGCUCACGCUACACCUCCGACGAGGUACAGUGUCUUUGCACCGUAGGCUGUCACCCCACACGAUGCCAAGAGUUUGUGGCCGAUCCGGACGGCUACCUCAAGGCCCUUGAUGACCUCAUCCACACGCACUCCGUUCAUGUCGGCGGUUGCGUUGCGUCAGUGGGGGAGAUCGGCCUCGACUACGACCGUCUGUUUUUCUGCUCGAAGGAAAUUCAGAAGGAGUACUUCGAAAAACAACUCGUGAUGGCGAAGCGUCAUCGCUUGCCACUGUUCUUGCACGAACGCAACACAGGCGGUGACUUCAUGGCGUUGCUCAAGCCGCAUCUUCCCGACCUCGCUGGUGGCGUCGUCCAUAGCUUCACCGGCACCAGUGCGGAGCUGCAGGAGUACUUGGAUGCUAACCUGUACAUUGGUGUGAACGGGUGCAGCCUCAAGACAGCAGAGAACCUCAAGGUAGUUCAGGCGAUCCCGCUGGAUCGAUUGAUGCUGGAGACGGACGCACCGUGGUGCGAGAUCAGAAAUACACAUGCCUCCAAGGCGCUCUUGAUGGCUGCGGCAAGGCGCGCCUCAUUACAGCAGAGUGUCUCAGACGCCGUCCUCUCCGCCUUUUCGACGUGCCGCAAAGACAAUUUUAAGGACGGGUGUGUCGUGAAAGGGCGCAAUGAACCGAGCGCACUUGUGCAGAUCCUCGAAGUAGUCUACGAGCUGUGCCGCGAUGAGGUAUCCUCCAUGGCGCAGCUGGCUGAAUUGGUCCUGAUGAACACGCGAAAGCUGUUCCCCUUUGCUGCUUCUGCCAUGUGA